AUGGCAUAUAUACACGAACACCGAAUUAUAAUCGCUGAUAUUCGGUUGGACAAUCUCUUGCUUGAUGAUACUUUGGCCAUCAACUUUUGCGACUUCGGAGAAUCAACUUCGAUGCCUCUCGAAUGGGAUUUACAUAAUACUGGUGAGCUUGGUUAUUUAAUAUUGGCCGACAUUGGACAAUUUGGGGCGGUGAUAUACCGAAUCAUCACCGGGUGUCCGCGGCGAGAUGACCUUCCAUCAACCGAAGCUGUUUGGCUCGGUCUCACUAUUGAGGACGGUUGGACUUUGGCCUUUGAGUGCUCCAAGGAGCUCGCCGCAGCGCUAGACCAGGUAAAACCGCCCGAAGUUUCAGGGCAAGGUGGAAGAUUGUUUCGCGAAAAGAUAUUGACGACCAAUUUGUGA